UGAAGAGGGUGCUUUUCAAAAAAGAUAAAUUGGAAGGAAUAAGAAAUGGUGGCCGUAGAUAGUGGCGGAAAAGAACAACACGGACACAGCAGCUGAAAUUACGUUCCGAUGUAGUAGGCCAUGUCAGAUAUUUACCAACAAAAACCACCAUUUACAGAGCGAGUGUGCGUUUUUCUCUCUCGUUCUUCUUCUUCCUCCUUUGAUCAAUUGACUCACUCUGAUCCCUUCCAUUUCCAUGGUGUCCAAACCUACGGACUCUGCUCUCAAACUUCCUCGAAAACAGCAUGAAGAGCCAGAAAAUUAUGCUGUUGGUGUUGGGAACAACUUGUACACCAAGAUAAAUCAGCUGAAAAAGCAAAUCCAGGAAGAGAGAAUUGUAUACGUUAAAGAAAAACUUCAAAAGAAUGAGAAGAUGCUAGAAUGUCAUAUUUCAAGAGUCGUGUCAGCAAUAUCAACCAGGGACUCUUCACAGACGGAGGAAAAUAGGACACAUUCACUUCUUUCCUCCAGGAUCGGCCAUCCUUUAUGUAAACUUAAUGGUUUCUCUCAGGCUUCAGGGGACAAAGACUAUAACAAUCAAGAUGUAUCAUCUGCUACAAGCAUCAAGAUUCCACAUAUUGAAAGAUUACCACCAUAUACAUCUUGGAUAUUUUUGGACAAAAAUCAGAGAAUGGCUGAAGAUCAGUCAGUUGUUGGAAGAAGACGUAUCUACUAUGAUCAACAUGGAAGUGAAGCACUGAUAUGUAGUGACAGUGAGGAAGAGUUAACAGAACCUGAGGAAGAAAAACAUGAAUUUUCUGAGGCUGAAGACCGUGCUAUAUGGAUGGCAUUUGAGGAACAUGGAAUAAAUGAGGAGGUAUUGAAUAUUGUUAGCAAGUUUGUUGGGGGCACCAGUUUAGAAAUUCAGGAGAGGUACAAAAGUAUCAAGGAAAAUAACAAUGGUAGGUUAGGCCGUCAUUCAGAAGGCUCAGGAGAAUACAAAUCUCAUAUUGGCAUAUGUCCAGAGAAAAGUUUGAGUGCUGCAUUAGAUUCUUUCGAUAACCUUUUCUGUCGCCGGUGCCUGAUUUUUGACUGUCGCCUGCAUGGAUGUUCUCAACCUUUAAUAUAUCCUAGUGAAAUGCAGACAGUUUUGCCUGGGCCUGAAGGUGACAGGAAACCAUGCAGUGAUCAGUGUUACCUUCAGCAGUUAAAGGUUAUCAAAAGUGUGUCGGGAGAUUCAACUCGUGAGUCUUUUCAGGAUAAAAAAACUACAAUUAUAGAAGAGGCUGACGGGAUAUUGGCACCCUCCAGUGCAGGGGAACUUGGUAAUCAGGGUGCUACACUUCCGACAGAAAUGGCUGGUCAUGAAAAUCUCAAUUUGAAUGUUCCUGUCUCAGAAAAUUUGGGGAAACGGAAGGUCACAAAUCAAUCAGAUACAGCACUAUGUGACUCCUCUAUAUUACCUCCUGAUGAUUCUCACAAUUCUUGUAAAAAGCUGAAGAGAAUCUCCGAUGAUACAGUCACUGCAAUAAGUGAUAAUAACGAGAACCUUAAUUUGGACGCAUGUGGUGAAAGUAAACAUGGAGUUUCGGGAAAAUCUGUAGAACAUCCUUCAAAUAAAUUAAUAUUUUCUUCUAGCACUUGCCAUGGUGAGCAUGAUGAGAGUGUCAAGGAUGGACCAAAAGAUGUCACAAAUGAGACAGAAUUUAAUAAGUUGUUCAAUUCAAUGGGAGGGCAAGUUGAUGGGAUGCUAAGUCUCUCGGACUGGAAACCUCUGGAGAAAGACUUAUACUUGAAGGGAGUAGAAAUGUUCGGAAGAAACAGUUGUCUCAUAGCAAGGAACUUGCUUUCUGGUUUGAAGACUUGUAUGGAAAUAGCUAGUUACAUGCAUGCUGGAGGAGUGUUGAUGCCCUACGGGUCUUUUGCUGCAUCUAGUUCAAUCAUGGACGACAAGGGAAAAUUUGAUGCAGAGUGCCAAGACCAAGACAUAUCAUCUAGGUCACGGACGCUGCUGAGAAAGAGGGGCAAAACAAGAAAGUUUAAAUAUUCUUGGAAGUCUGCUGGCCAUCCAUCAAUAUGGAAAAGGAUUGCUGAUGGAAAGAACCAAUCUUGCCAGCAGUAUACACCAUGUGGAUGUCAGUCAAUGUGUGGAAAGGAUUGUUCUUGUAUGAAUGGUGGAACUUGCUGCGAAAAAUAUUGUGGUUGUUCAAAGAGCUGCAAAAACCGGUUCAGAGGAUGCCAUUGUGCCAAGAGUCAAUGCAGAAGCCGACAAUGUCCAUGCUUUGCUGCUGGACGUGAAUGUGACCCAGAUGUCUGUCGAAAUUGCUGGGUUAGCUGCGGGGAUGGUUCGCUAGGGGAGCCACCUCGGCAUGGAGAAGGUCAAUGCGGCAAUAUGAGGCUUCUGUUAAGGCAACAACAGAGGAUUCUCUUGGCAAAGUCUGAUAUUGCUGGAUGGGGAGCCUUCUUGAAGAACCCUGUUAACAAAAAUGAUUACCUAGGAGAGUACACUGGUGAACUGAUCUCCCACCGAGAAGCUGAUAAACGUGGGAAAAUAUAUGAUCGUGCGAAUUCAUCUUUCCUUUUUGACUUAAAUGAUCAGGCAUGUGUCUCAUUGUCUCAGCAUGGUCUACUUUUACUUUUUUCUCUUAACAUCGGCUACUCUGGCUUUUCUCAAAUUGCUUACGUUCUCGAUGCUUAUCGCAAAGGAGACAAGUUGAAAUUUGCAAACCACUCAUCAAACCCCAACUGCUAUGCAAAGGUAAUGCUGGUUGCUGGAGAUCACCGAGUAGGGAUAUUCGCCAAGGAACACAUUGAAGCUAGUGAGGAGCUCUUCUAUGAUUAUCGCUACGGUCCAGAUCAAGCGCCCCCAUGGGCUCGUAAACCAGAGGGUUCCAAGAGAGAUGAAUCAGCAGUUCCUCAAGGCAGAGCAAAGAAACACCAGUCUCAUUGAUGAUGAGCCAUGGCCAAGGUCCAGCAUGUACACACAUUUUUGGCUUCUACCUGUAUAUUCUAUACACAGAUAAAGUUGUGACAUCACACCAGAAGACUCAAGCAACUGUGACUGAAUAAGGAAAUGAGUAAUUGGUAUGCUGAUGCUAAUAUACCUUAAGUUAUGGAGAUAUGACAUGGUUAUACAAUAAAAUGGGUAAGAGAUGAAGCAAAUACAAAUGUUGAGGGCAAUAAGCUAGAAAUUAGCCUAGCAGUGGUAACAAAAGUAUAGAAUUUCCUUUUGGAUGUAUGCUUAUUUGGCAUCUUUUUCUUUUUUCCAUGAAUAAGGUAAAUCUUUGCUAUUUGCUAAUAGUGAAAAUAAGGAGUGCUAUAUAUACAUAUACAUGCACAAUUACAGUUU